AACUAUGCCUUUCUAAUUAAUACUGGCUGGAAACAAAAGGACUGUAACUUCAUUCAACUCUGAACUUGUAGUGAUAAAAUCAAACCACUCAACUCAGAAGUGGUUCGGAGUCAAAGGCUCUUACACCCUAGCAAGAUAAAAUGAUCGGUCUGUAGCAGUUUGGUAUUACACAUCGUUUUGUAUAAAGACCUUCGUACUCCAUAAAUCCUUCUACCAUCUCAGCAGCAACUACCUAAUCACCCAACCAAAUUGUGUACAUUCACAGGCAAUGGCAGCAUCUCCAGUGCAAAAUGCAUUUUACGGUUUGCUGGUUUUGUUGGGGAUUGCAGGUAAUGGUCUAGUCAUUCUCUGUCUUGGGAGUGAGGCUAUAAAGCCACACAGGACAAUAGGGCCAUCUGAUCUAAUUUUGCUUAAUGUGGCCACUUCAAACAUGCUGGUAUCUGUCUUCCGGAAUAUUUUGCUGUUCCAGUCUGAUCUCGGCAAAGAGGUCUACAUCUCUGCUGGUUGGUGUCAGUUCUUUAUGUGUAUUUGGGUCUGGCUACGAUCUGCCAAUGUCUGGGUCACAUUUUGCCUCAGCACAUUCCACUUGAUUACAAUCCGCCAGAGAAGUCAUGCUCCACGUGGUCUACAUGUCCUUGGAUUAGCUCUUGCACUCAUUUGGACACUCAGCCUUAUUUAUGCAGUUCCUGCUUACAUCUUUUCCACAAGAGGAGACAAAAACAGCACAGAGGGCAUCAUGAUAAUCAGCAGCACCACACGACCCCUUCUAGGUUGUGUCUGGAACUUUCCUUCACAGUAUAGUGGGUUGGUAUAUGCCACUUCAUCCCUGGUUCUCCAUGAAGCUAUCCCAAUAUUAUUGAUGUUGGGCACAAACCUUGCCACUCUAAACACACUAAGGAAUCAUGGAAAAUCUGUGGGCACUGGUACAGAGUGCUUAAGAGGACGGGUGCCCGCUGAACGCAAAGCUGCUAAGCUGAUCCUGUCUCUCAUCAUUUUAUUUGUGGUGUCCUGGGGAGCUAGUGUUUUGUCUGUUAACUACUACAAUUACAAUCGAGGCCCUUCCUCAGAAUACAUGCUGAUAGUGGCUCGAUUCUCCAACUCCCUUUUUAUUGGUCUCAGUCCCCUGGUACUGGCAGCAGGACACAGAAAGUUACAGAACAAGCUGAAGAACAUACUUUCAUUAAAAAGAAGCUUCUUCAAUAAUUGAAUUCAUUGAUUGGAGGCAUGCAAUCAACUAAUAAAAACCACGUCAGCAAU